AUGGCCAAGAAGGGCGAGGAGGAGAAGCUGCGCAAGGCGGGCAUCAUCGACAUGCAGUUCCGGCGGGUCAAGUGCAAGUACGGCGAAAAGGUCACCUUCCACGUGGAGAAGGGGUGCAACCCCAACUACCUGGCGCUGCUGGUCAAGUACGUUGACGGCGACGGCGACAUUGUGGCGGUUGACAUCAAGGAGAAGGGCGGCGACGCGUACGAGCCCCUCAAGCACUCCUGGGGCGCCAUCUGGAGGAAGGACAGCGAUAAGCCGCUCAAGUUCCCCGUCACCGCCCAAAUCACCACCGAGGGAGGCACCAAGAGCGUUCACAACGACGUCAUCCCCGAAGAUUGGAAGCCCGACACCGCCUACACCGCCAAAUAA